CUUCGAAAUAAGCGCUCGGGCAUUGAAAUUAAAGUUGCAUGUUCAAUGUUGCCUCCUCUUAGUCUAAUGUCAUGGGUCUUUUAGGACUCAUCCUUCGCAUCCUUGGAUUAUUUUCAAACCAUCCUCGGCGACUCUUACUUCCAUAUCUACUUCGACAUGGUCUCAAACUCCCUGGAGGGCCUGUCCUCUUGUUGCCGGAUGGAACAGUAGUAAAAGUGGGCAACCCUGCUUUUCUUCAGCUCGAAGCAGAGGCUACCAAAUACGCUCGGGACCACACUCAGCUCCCUAUCCCUCGUGUCUAUGACUUUUUCACCUCUAGCGAUGGACGUAAAGGCUACCUCGUUAUGCAGCACAUGCCAGGAGAUAUGCUGCAACGUAAAUGGCGGUUCCUGUCAUCCGAACAGAGAAAUUCUGUCAUGGCUCAGGUAAGGAACAUGAUUGAGGAACUACGUGCUAUUCGUCAACCAGAGCCGCUUGAAGGCUGGAUAGGAUCAGCAUCUUGCGGUGCAUUCCGAGAUUUCCAUAUUAGAAGUGGAGAGACCUACGGACCGUUCGCCAGCGAAGCCGCGUUCAACACCUUCCGGAUGGGUUGUUUUGCCGAGUUUAGUUACAGUGAAGAGCCUACAACGAAGGAACGCCUUGCUCGUAUUGGUCGAGCAAUGCCGGUUGAUAGUGAUAUCGUGUUCACUCAUGGGGACAUCACGCGACGGAAUCUUUUGGUGGACGACACCGCACAAGUCGUAGGCAUUGUAGACUGGGAGCAGGCUGGGUGGCGCCCAGCGUACUGGGAAAAAGUUAAAAUACACUUUGGAGGAAAUGCGGGCUCGGGGUGGUUUGCUGGGGGGGAGUUUGAGGGGUAUGAAGGUGAUAUCGCACGCGAGGUCGAGUUGCACCUUAUCCAUGGUGGAGGGAGUAUGUGAUAGUAUUGGAACAUCGAAAAUUCGCUGUCCAAUUAUGACGUCUAUUCCCUUGAUUAUUGCUCAAUAUGAGCUUUUCGGUUAUCGAAAGGGUGGACAUGAUAAGCAUUGGUCUCGAGUCGCUCGAACACAUCGGAGACG